CCCAGCUCAGCCCCGCCGCGCCCCGCCGGGGCGAUGGCCGCGGAGGAGCCGCUGCCGAGCGUGGAUCACUACAAGAGCGAGAUCGAGCGGCUGACGCGCGAGCUGUCCGAGACCACCCACGAGAAGAUCCAGGCGGCCGAGUACGGGCUGGUGGUGCUGGAGGAGAAGCUGACGCUGAAGCAACAGUACGACGAGCUGGAGGCCGAGCACGACAGCCUCAGGCAGGAGCUGGAGCAGCUGCGCGAGGCGUUCGGGCAGUCCUUCUCCAUCCACCGUAAGGUUGCCGAGGAUGGAGAGACACGGGAGGAAACCCUCCUGCAGGAGUCGGCGUCGAAGGAGGCGUACUACCUGGGCAAGAUCUUGGAGAUGCAGAACGAGCUGAAGCAGAGCCGGGCUGUGGUCACCAACAUCCAGGCGGAAAACGAGAGGCUCACGGCCGUCGUUCAGGACCUGAAGGAGAACAAUGAGAUGGUGGAGCUGCAGAGAAUACGGAUGAAAGAUGAAAUCAGAGAGUAUAAGUUCCGGGAGGCCCGGCUCCUGCAGGACUACACGGAGCUGGAAGAGGAAAACAUCACACUGCAGAAACUCGUGUCCACGCUGAAACAGAACCAGGUGGAGUACGAGGGCCUGAAGCACGAGAUCAAGCGCUGCGAGGAGGAGGCGGUGCUGCUCAACAGCCAGCUGGAGGACGCGCUGCGCCUCAAGGAGAUCGCGGCGCACCAGCUGGAGGAGGCGCUGGAGACGCUCAAGAACGAGCGCGAGCAGAAGAACAGCCUGCGCAAGGAGCUGGCCCAGUACGUCACCCUGGGCGACAGCCACCUGGGGCUCUCGGUGGACGGACUCAAGUUCGCCGAGGACGGCGCGGAGCCCAACAACGACGACAAGAUGAACGGGCACGUGCACGGGCCCCUGGGGAAGCUGAACGGGGACUACCGGGCGCCCGCGCUGCGGAAGGGGGAGGCCCUGCACCCGGUCUCGGACCUGUUCAGCGAGCUGAACAUCUCGGAGAUCCAGAAGCUGAAGCAGCAGCUGAUGCAGGUGGAGCGGGAGAAGGCCAUCCUCCUAGCCAGUCUGCAGGAGUCGCAGACGCAACUGGAGCACACCAAGGGGGCGCUGACGGAGCAGCACGAGCGGGUGCACCGGCUCACGGAGCACGUCAACGCCAUGAGGGGCCUGCAGAGCGGCAAGGAGCUGCGGGCCGAGCUGGACGGCGAGAAGGGCCGGGACUCCAGGGAGGAGGCCCACGACUACGAGGUGGACAUCAACGGCCUGGAGAUCCUGGAGUGCAAGUACAGGGUGGCCGUCACCGAGGUGAUUGACUUGAAAGCAGAAAUUAAGGCCCUGAAGGAGAAAUACAACAAAUCUGUAGAAAACUACACGGAAGACAAGGCCAAGUACGAGAGCAAGAUCCAGAUGUACGACGAGCAGGUGACAAGCCUGGAAAGGACCACCAAGGAGAGCAGCGAGAAGGUGGCCCACAUGGAGAAGGAGCUGCAGAAGAUGACCAGCGUCGCCAACGAGAACCACAACACCCUCAACACGGCCCAGGACGAGCUGGUGACCUUCAGCGAGGAGCUGGCCCAGCUCUACCACCACGUGUGUCUGUGCAAUAACGAGACGCCCAACAGGGUCAUGCUGGACUACUACCGGCAGAGCAGGGUCACCCGCAGCGGCAGCCUGAAGGGGCCCGACGACCCUCGGGGACUGUUGUCUCCACGACUCGCCAGGCGGGGUGUGUCGUCGCCAGUGGAAACAAGGACCUCAUCUGAACCAGUUUCAAAAGAAAACACGGAGGCCAGCAAAGAACCAAGCCCGACGAAGACGCCCACAAUCUCUCCUGUUAUUACUGCCCCGCCAUCUUCUCCGGUGUUGGAUACAAGUGAUAUCCGCAAAGAGCCAAUGAAUAUCUACAACCUUAAUGCCAUUAUCCGGGACCAAAUCAAACACCUGCAGAAAGCAGUGGACCGGUCUGUGCAACUCUCUCGGCAAAGGGCGGCGGCCCGGGAGUUGGCCCCCAUGGUGGACAAGGACAAGGAGGCCUUGAUGGAAGAGAUCCUGAAGCUCAAGUCGCUGCUGAGCACCAAGCGGGAACAGAUUGCCACGCUGAGGGCGGUGCUAAAAGCCAACAAGCAGACAGCAGAGGUGGCCCUCGCUAACCUGAAGAACAAAUACGAGAAUGAGAAGGCAAUGGUGACCGAGACAAUGACAAAGCUUCGCAAUGAGCUGAAGGCUUUGAAGGAAGACGCGGCCACCUUCUCCUCCCUGAGAGCAAUGUUCGCAACUAGAUGUGAUGAAUAUGUCACGCAGCUGGAUGAAAUGCAGAGACAGUUAGCAGCCGCAGAGGACGAGAAGAAGACCUUAAACACUUUGUUACGAAUGGCUAUCCAGCAAAAACUCGCCCUAACCCAGCGGCUGGAGGACUUAGAGUUUGACCACGAGCAGUCCCGACGCAGCAAAGGCAAACUUGGAAAGAGCAAGAUCGGCAGCCCUAAAGUAAGUGGGGAGGCGUCAGCCACCGCGCCCACCAUAGACACUUACCUCCUGCAUAGUCAGGGCCCACAGACACCCACCAUGCGGGGCAGCAGUGGCACUCACAGGAAAAGACAAUUUUCACCUUCCCUUUGUGAUCAGAGCCGUGCCAGGACUUCAGGGGCCUCCUACCUCCAGAGUUUAUUAAGCGUCCCCCCCGAUCCCACCUCCACAGAAUCAUUUCUUCUGAAGGGUCCCCCUUCCAUGAGGGAAUUCAUCCAAGGGCACCGGCUCAGCAAGGAAAAAAGGUUAACCGUGGCUCCACCAGAUUGUCAGCAGCCUGCUGCCUCCGUACCGCCACAGUGCUCACAACUAGCCAGGAGGCCAGACUGCCCGCCCGUCAGUCCUGACGCCGCCCUCCCCGAGGAGCCGCCGCCCGCCAGCCCCCCGUGCGCCCCGCUCCACUGCCUGGCCAAGCCGCCCUGCCCCUAGGUUCCGCCGCCCGCCCUCGCUCCGGCCGCGCAGGACCUGCCCGGACCCCGCGGCGUCCUCCUCUCGGUCCGGAGAGGCGCGGGGGUCUCUGUCCGACGUUUGGGAAGAGGAACGCAAAGCACAGCCCCGCUGCGACGAAACUGCGCGGUUUCUCUGGGCCACUGCGAACUGCGAUCGAUCGCCGGCUCAGUUCAGCCACAUCAAAGACGGAGAGGACAGGUGGUUCGUCUCCACCGGCGGCGGCUCGCCCUCCGCAGCCUGAGGGGCCCAGGACGGUGUGCAACGCGUGCAUGGGAAGACGAGCUCUCCUCAAGCCACACUCAGCGACAUAUCUUUUUGUCAUUGAUAUUUAGUUUUGUACUUCAUUUGCUAUAUAAUUUAUGCCUGUAAGAAUAAUUUCUGUGAGAGGUGAAUUUAAUUCGCUUAUUUUCAAAUAAGCAUAGUUUGUUCGAUCCUCUAGGAGCUUUAAUUUAGUUCGAAGUCUGGAACUGGCCAGCCGGUGGUCAUUUUCCUUGCACAAAGUGAUAAAUGAGGUGCAUCCGAAUGUUAAAAUAACUGUAUUUUUGCUGCUACACUGAUAUUGUUUAUGAACUUCUAAUCAGUAGCUUAUUAACUGCUGGUUUUCGUUUUUGUUUUAACUAGAAUUCUACACUGGACAUCAGUAAGUAAUUCUAAGAAAGAGACCACAUUAUGAUUCCUUGGCUUAUUUGAGCUUCCGUGGCAUCCUUCAUUUUUUUAAAUUGUGUUGACUAGAUGUACUGGUGCUGCCUCUCCCUGUGUGUGGCCGCGUGUGGAGACGGGGCUACAUAAGGCUACGUCACCUGAAGGGAAGAAAGGCUGUGUUAAUUAACGACCAGAGUUGGGUUGUUUUCUUCCAAAUUCAAGGUCCUACUAUGAGUCUUUCCUGCUAAACAGUAUCAAGAACAAAACUACACAUGGCUAGGUGUAAGGCAGCCUUGGCUAGGUCAUUUACGCUGAUGGUGUUCAGAUUUUUGAUUGAACUUGUAUGUUUUGUUGUUGUUAGAUUUGUUUUUCAUAAUGAAUUGUCCUUGCCAAAAGAUAUAUAGAUACUAAACCUUUGCCCAUUGUCUACUUUUGACAAAUACUCAGGUGCCUACAAGUCAUUCUAUUAUAUUGAUAAGACACAUUCCUAGUUAAUUUACAGAUUCUGCUAGGUAACUUUUAUGACUUGAUUUAAGGCAGUGGAUUUUCAUAGCAAAAUUUUGUUUUGCACAUAACCUGACAAAUAAAGGAAAAGAGGUACCACAGCUGCGAUGUCUCUGAGGCCGCAUCCCUCUCGAGGGCGGCUAGCCCUGAUUCCUUGUCUUUGUCAGUAGCCUUAACUUAUUUAAAACCAGAAAAUUUUCGCCUUUUCAUGUGUCGGUAAUUUCUCUCCCAAAUGAACAGGGUCCUCACUGUUAGCACACAGAACAGCUACCAGUGCAGGGCACACCCAGGACCGCCGCAGAGCCACCCGGCUGCGCAGUGGGGGGGCGGGGGGCAGGAUGAGUGCACUGCAGGUGUCCAGCAGAGGCCGGUCAUCAAGCACACACGGGAGCUUCGGACAGGUGUGCACCUGUCGAGUGGUGGUCACUGUUAUUACCAAAGCAGCCAAGAGCUUCUGUGUUCUUUACACGAGUGCUGCCUUUCAGGGGGUCAUGGCUUAUGCAACUUGGCCUAAACUAUUGAAGUCUCCACCGAGAUAGGGAUUCAGGUCAGAGUGCAGAAUCAAAACAGACCUGCACGCAGGUCCUGAUGGUAGCUGUCACACGCCUGAGCCCACCUGUGAUGCCAUUCUGUCAGUCCUGCACACAGUCCUCAGGUGACAGGCACACUACCUGCCAGGGACCAGUGUCAGUGACAUACUGGGUUUCAUUAAGUGAGUUCAUCAGAAGAAAGCAGACCCGCCCGCUCUGUCUUUUCUUUUUGGAGUCCUGAGUUUGCACCUUGGAAGGUGCAGCUUCUUAGUGGGCUUUGUGCCUGGGGGAGACACGCCUUUUUACUGAUACCUCAGAACACCUUCCUUUGUCAUCUGUCACUUGCUGGGGAAUGGGACCGCGUUCUGAGAGGCUGGAGCCCUCUUGCUGUCACAGGGCUCCUGGCGCUGUCCCACACCCGCCCUCUGGUUUAUGACCCAGUUAAGCUGAGGAGUGUGCAGGGCAUUUAUUUUUUCCAGAACAAAAUCUAUCAAAAACUAGUCUCUAAACAGAGUGGGAAAUGCUUGAAGUGUUAAUUGUACAAAAUACUAAUUUUAGCAGAAUUUUGUCAAGAAGAUAUAGAAACUUGGAAAUAAAAUUUCCUUUUCAGCCCCAAAUUAGAUGGUGCUCCCUAAGUCCUAAGAGAGAAUGCUGUGUAUUUAUUUCCACUGUGGCGUCAUUUAGCAUAGUAGUUUAAACAGAGCCAUAUUUAUAUUUAUUUAUAGGCAUUUUAAAUGAAUAGAUGUGUGUAACAGAAGUAAAACUCAGUACUUGUAAAGAUAAUCAAGAUCCAUAAGGAAAUUGAAAAUGAAGAACGAGUUAGAACCCCAAAGGGCGAACUCAGAUUAAUCGAAGACACGUGCGCAGAAGAAGCGCGGUAUGCGCAAGCGCAGUCCCAGGGUGCCACUCCUGAUGCCACGUUGACGCCGGGAGGGCAGGUAGCCGGCCAAGGAGGGUAGCAAGGUAACCAGGCAGUUUUUUAAAAGUAAGCACAACGACAGUGCUGAGAGGAAUAGGUACAGAAAUGCUUCCUGCUGAAGAUUUCUUUUUUUAGGCAUAAAAUAGUAUCAAAGUAAAAAUCAGCAAUACACGGCUUUUGGCCUGAGUUCUUGGGGGUGGCAAAACCUUCCAUGACUAAAUUAGAAAAACUUUGAGGAAACAAAGUUACUAAAUAAUUAAGAUUUAGAAAUUAUACCUAUUUAGCCAGAGGAAGAGGAGAUACAAUUGUAGCCUUCCAGAAAAGAGAAUUGAUAGAAACAGCUACAAAUACCAGUAAGACUAGAAUUAGGAAAUCUUCAAGAUGAAGGAUUUAUAUUCUAAGAUAAAGAUUUUGAGCAAUGAAAAAUCAUCAGAAUUGGUGAUUAUGAGGAGGAUUUGUUUUUUAAAAAUGGAAUAUUAUUGGUUGUCUAGUAUUAAGUGGCAAGAUAUCUUAAAAUAAUGUAUAACUCUGCAAACUUAUAAUCCUGUUUCUUUUAUUUUAAAGUUAAAAAUAAAGUAGUUCUGACUAGUCAUAAAUAUUUUAUCCUUUGAAAUAGGAUAGCAAUCUUAUUUCUUAAAGGAUUGUCGAUGUUAUUUUUCCUUCCAGCAAUAUAUCAUUAUAUCCUUAAAUUUGUCCACAGUGUAGCAAUUUUACUAUUAAAAGCCUCAGUUUUCAGACUCUAGAAAAGAAAUGCCCUCAGGAAUACUCGAGACAAGCUGAACACCUCCCCACUUCUGUCUCUGCUGAGGAGGGUCUUCCACGUUUGUUCUCUGCGUGCCGUGGAAAAUAUUCACGUACAGCAAAGACCUGCUGCUUCAAACAAGCGUAAAAUAUCAGCCCAAUAAACGAACUAAGGCUGUGAAAACGUCCUGAGACAAAUCCUUUCCAGUUUUCCAGUAAAGAUUAUGACACAGGAAAUGAGGAUAUGAAAUCUAUUUUCUGCUGAGAUAGGAGUAUAAAUUUUUAUUCUCAGAAUCAGCCAAGAAAUAGAAUGUGUCUGUCAGAAUGAUGCGUCCGGACGCUGACAGGUUUCCAGUUGGGAACUUGGCUGGCUCUGCCCACGGUGCGAGAGUUGGGUGCCUCAAGAUGCAGAUACAUCUAGGGUUAAAAGAAACUCCUAGAGUAAGGUUCACAGUUUUAAAAAAGGUUUGUUCUCCUUUUUCUGUGCAUUUCUUUAUAAACCAGAGUGCAUUAAGAUAAUCUUUAUAAUUAAGACUGUAGAAAAUUUACAGUGGUGUUUUCAAUUAAAGGGGACAUAAUUUUGCAGAAAGCUGUGGAACUGGAGUUACGGUAGAUAGCAUAGUCAGGGAUGAUAUGGACGCGUGAUUUUUUUUUUUAUCUUAAAUUCAAUUUCUGUGGACCCACAUGACCAACAUAGCUCCUGAGUGACCCUUUCCAUCGUCAGCAGUAGUCUCAGAAAUUAAAAUCAUGUUUAUUUAAAUGCAAACUUGACUUCCACGGUCCCUGAUGUAUGGCGCUGGUGGCGUUAUCCUGUUGGGCAGACACCUGAUUUCCCCUAGACAACGCUUUCAUCCUAUUAUACAAGGUAUAACUGAAAGAGGUAUUUAGUAUUAAGACAUUCCCCACUUGAGCAUUUCUCAGAGAUAAUAUUCUGUUUAAAAAGAGGAGAUGCAAUUAACUGCCUUUCAUGUAAGACAAGAAUACAGUGUAAGAAGCGUAUGACGUAAGACGUUUGCAUGAGGUCACUCAUGUCAGGGAAGCUUUUCUCUGUCCAUACUAUGAACACCUUAGAAACCUUAUUUCUCUUGUCCUAGGAAUGUAAGGACAUUGCCCCUAUACCUGGUCUCCUUUUCAUACUGGAAGCAUGGCUCUUUAUUCUCACUGUAUUUUUAUCCCUUUCCUCUGGAGUUACUUAAAAUUUGCCCUAUUUAAGCUGAAGUCUGGAUAAACUGCUGAGCCAGAUUAUUUCUGAGAUCAGAGUUUAAUUACUGUGCAACACUUAUUGGGAAUUGACUUGCAUUAGAAUUAUUCUCUGGUCACUAUGAUUCUCUAAUGAAAACAGAUACUUCCUAGCACAAAUGUAUGCUUUUCCUUUCAAAAAGUCAUUUUGAAAAUAAAG